AUGCUAUCUUCUAAGCUUUCAGUAACUCUUCUGUGUGUCAUGGGGUUAGCCCUAGCCCCAGUCCUUCCAUCCCAUGCACAAAACUCGCAACAGGACUACGUCAAUGCUCACAACACAGCUCAAGCACAGGUUAAUGUUGGACCGAUGACUUGGGACAACACGGUGGCUGCCUAUGCUCAAAACUAUGCAAAUCAACGUAUCGGAGAUUGCAGACUUGUUCACCCUCAAAGGGGCUGGAUCCGCCUCUACUCCAGAGGUUUUUAUGGCGAGAACCUUGCAUGGAGCAAUGGUGACCUUUCAGGCACCGUUGCUGUGACAUUGUGGGUUGAUGAGAAGGCCAACUAUAACUAUGAUGCUAAUACUGGCGCUCCCGACAAGUAUGAUAAGAACCCAGACAAAAUCAACCCAAAACUUGAGCAACACACAACAUAA